ACAGAUGCUCAGUAGCAUUUUAAAGAAUCAGUGCUAUAGUCUGAGCUUUUCCUUUUUAUUUCUGAUGAAAAGUUCAUUUUGUUUGUAGGAUUUCUAAACCUCUACAACUGGGAAGAUUUUCCUUCUGUUAAAAAAUAUGCUGAAACAUAGAUUUCAGUAUUAACGGGGACAUCCAUAGUAGUGUAAGAAUUUACACAAUGAAAUCUGAAGCCAAGGAUGGAGAGGAGGAGAGUCUACAAACAGCUUUCAAGAAAUUAAGAGUGGAUGCAUCAGGGUCCAUAGCAUCUCUGUCUGUUGGAGAAGGCACAAGUGUCAGAGCAUCGGUCAGAGCAGCAGCAGAUGAUACCAAACCUAAAACCACAUGUGCAUCUAAAGACAGUUGGCAUGGGUCUACAAGGAAGUCUUCACGAGGAGCAGUGAGAACCCAGCGUCGUCGGCGUUCUAAGUCUCCUGUCCUUCAUCCUCCAAAAUUUAUACAUUGCAGUACAAUAGCAUCUUCUUCCAGCAGCCAGCUCAAGCACAAAAGCCAGACUGACUCCCCUGAUGGCAGCAGUGGGCUGGGAAUUUCAGCACCUAAGGAGUUCAGUGGAGGAGAAAGCUGUGCUUCUCUUGAUGGUAACCACACAGGGGUAGUCAUUGAGCCUUUGAGAACUUCAGUUCCGAGGCUCCCAUCAGAGAGUAAGAAGGAAGACUCCUCUGACACUACCCAAGUCUCCCAAGCAAGUCUCAAGGGCAAUGAUCUCUCUGACUUUCAAUCUGUUUCCAAGCUAAACCAGGGCAAGCCAUGUGCAUGCAUAGGCAAGGAGUGCCAGUGUAAGAGAUGGCAUGAUAUGGAAGUGUAUUCCUUUUCAGGCCUGCAGAAUGUCCCUCCCUUGGGCCCAGAACGAAGAUCCACGCUUGAGGACUACUCUCAGUCGCUGCACACCAGAACUCUGUCUGGCUCUCCCCGCUCCUGUUCUGAGCAAGCUCGAGUCUAUGUGGAUGAUGUGACCAUUGAGGACCUAUCAGGCUACAUGGAAUAUUACUUGUAUAUUCCCAAGAAAAUGUCUCACAUGGCAGAAAUGAUGUACACCUGAUAGCAAGAAGCUAAUUUGUAUGCUAUAAACCAAUGAAGGGUUGUCAAAGAGAUUUAGUUAAUGGCAGACCUUAUGGCCACUUCAUGUGAGAAGACAUCUCUUUCUGCUCACUGUGCUUGCAAUAAAAACUUUUCUUGGCAUAUCA